UGUAGUUUUAAAAAAGAGAUGUGCAAAAUAAUUCUAGAGUAUUUGGAAGGAGAUCUAAUAAUAUAUGUAAAAGAUGUCAUAUUGAUUUGUAAAAUGAUUAGAGUAGAAUAUCUUAGAUGUGAUAAAGGAAAGUAUUCUAUAACUUUAGAGGGGAGGAUUGUUUAAGCAUAUUUAUUUGAGAAAUGGUAGUUUAUUUGAAUAUAAAUUAUCAUAUUGAUUAUGCAGAAGAGAAAGAUUUGAUGAUUGGUAAGAAUAAGAUUUAAAAUUUAAUUAGUAAUGGUUAAAAUUAGGGGAUUGGAUGGAGAUAUGUAUAAUAAUGAAUUAAUUAAUUAGAUUUGAGGAUAUAUAUAAAGUGAGAGAUAGAAGGAGGGAAAGAUAAUAAUGGAAAGAAAUUAGUUAAAGAGAAUAAAAUGGAGAUUAAUCUAUGUAUAUAUUAUAGAUAUGAUAAUAUUUAGUAAAGAUAUAUAGUGUGAGUAGGGUAAUAUAGUGAUAAAAGAUAAUCAUAAUAAACAGUUGAAUAAUUUAUAUAUAAUUAAAAAUUACGUUAAAAGGGGAUGUUUCAGAAGAUGUUGAA